GUCGGCACUUCGCUGCAGCGCAUUCCUUGACGUGGAGGCUGGUGUACCUCUCCGAGGAUUUAAUGAGAUCAUAACUUUAAUACGUCCACACAACGAAAAUAAAAUAAAAAUCGAACUUUUAGAGCUUUUUAAAACGCUUGGAUAAACGAAGCAGCUUUUGGAGUUAUAACAUCGGUGAUCGGCUUCUCCUUGCGCGACUGCGUUCCCAACUUUACAAUCAAAGUGACGGACAAAAAUACCUGAAGAGGAAGAGAAGAGUGAGAGAGAAUAAGGAAGCAUCUUGCCAGGGCGGAGCAUGGCGAAAAAAAGAAUCCACACAAUGAAGACCUUACUGAACCCGCUGCUGCCUAUUCUGCUCCUCCUCCUCCUUCCUGAUGGCAUUUUUUCUAAAGAUUGCCCAAAAGACUGUUCUUGUGUGCCUACAGAAUCCAUUUUAUGUUUCCAGAGACACUCUUCUACGUUUCCCCAAGGAGUACCCACAUCCACCCAAAGCCUCUAUCUAUUUUCCAAUGGGAUUGAAAACAUUAAAGCUGAGGACUUUGAUGGUCUUGUGAAGCUGGAAAUGUUGGACCUCAGUCAGAACAAACUGACCCAUCUACCUGAAAGGGUGUUUGAGCCCUUGACAUCUUUGAAAAACUUGGACCUGUCAUCCAACCAGAUCAACCACAUUUCAGAGAAAUGUUUCCACGGUGCAACAAAGCUUGAACGCCUUUAUUUGUACAGUAACAGCAUAAAGACCAUCCACCCUGCAGCCUUUAAUGGCUUAGACCACCUGCUGGAACUCAAGCUGCAGGGUAACAUGUUGACCUCCCUGCCUACCCUCUUAAUGCCCCAACUACUGCUGCUGGACCUUCGCUUUAAUGCCUUACCGUCUUUAGGUCCUACAGAUCUUCAAACUCCAAACCUAGAGACCCUCAGAUUGGGUGGUAUGGGGCUCACCAGUUUGAAUAAAGAUCUUAUACUGGGUCUGAAAAAUCUUCAUGAGCUGGACAUUUCAGGAAACCAACUAGACUCUUUCCCCUCAGCACUAAAGGAGACCCCAGGGCUGUAUAACCUUAAUCUGGCUGGGAACCCAAUUGGUCCUCCAAAGGUUGAGGAUCUGCAGAACCUUCGAGAGCUAUCAGAGUUGGAUAUAAGCAGUCUCAGUCUUCAAGGCCUACCUGAAGAGUUCACUCAGCUCUUCCCCAACCUAAAAAAGCUCACAGUAGCGGAGAAUCCUUUUAACUGCCUUUGUAACUUAGCAUGGUUCCCAAGAUGGCUCAAAACCCAAGGUAUAGCCCUGGAGAGAACAAAGGAGACGCGCUGCCAUUUCCCACCUAUCAAUGCUGGAAAGGAAUUAGAGACACUGGAGCACAAAGAUUUUGGCUGUCCAACAACAACUACAAUCACCACUAGUACUGCCAAAACUACUACCACCACCCUGACUGUUCCUGUUACUACCUUCCCGAGUAGUACUAAAACUAUUCAUGUCCUUAAAGUCAGUAACAACCCAGGUAACAAAGGUGACUCUCCCCCAAUUCCUGCUCCUGCACCCACCAGUAGUGGCAGCAUGGACCAAGAUGAAGAGCAGCAUAUCUGUCCUGAUAAUACCUGUUUAAAUGGUGGUACUUGUCAUCUGGAUCAGCAUGGUCAUGUAGAGUGUUCCUGUCCAUAUGGUACUACUGGAAUGUUUUGUGAAAUUCAAAACCAGUUUCCACCUUCACCCCCUGAAGCUGAAUCAUCCAGGGCAACUUUCAUCAAAGACACACCAGACCUCAGCUCCCAUCAAGCCACCCCAACUUCAAUUCUGAUAGACCUUCACCGGUACAUUGAAAUGCGUCCAUACAUUCGUGGAAUUCGUCUGACGUAUAGCAAUCUGUCAGGGUCGGACCGCAGGCCAAAUCAACUCAACCUCCCAGCAUCCUUCCCAGAGUACAGGCUUAGAGGUCUGAAUCCUAACUCCACCUAUGCUGUCUGUGUCAGUCCUUUAGGUGAUCAUAGUGGCAUAGAAAGCAUCUGCAUUGAGGCUCAUACAGAACCUUUAAUCAUGGAAACAACAAAUGCACGCACUGAAAACCCAAAGCUUACCACCAUCCUGGUGCCUGCAACUGCCAUCAUGCUCCUACUGAUACUGAUAGCAAUAGCAGUGGGAGUGGUAUGCUAUUUUCGCAGAAAGAGAGCCAAGGGCAACCUGGAUCUAGACUGUGAGCCCUCCCAGCUAGAGUUGGAUGGAGUUAAAACUGGCCUAGACAAUGGGGUGUUGCCUCACAAACAGCCCCAACUUAUGAUCCCUGAACCUGCUGUCCAAAAUGGCAGUCUGGAAUAUGAGGUGUUGUUACUACAAGAUCAUUGCAUAUCCAAUAACAACAUGUCCUUGCACAAGCCUUAUCACUUUUGACAGCUGGAUUUGAUAACGCAACUCUAAAGGAGGACUUUUAAUUUUUCUGCUCUCUCCCUCCAUGUGGAAUACAAAGUCUGGUGUUUGAAAGUAGAGGACAUGGUAUCAAUCAACCAAUCACAAGAAGAGCAGCUCUACAUACAAACUCACAGCCCUAUGAUUGUCCAAGAAGAUAUUGGAAAUCAUGUUUGGACAUUCAUCUGUCCUGAUGCUGGAACUGAUCGUGUGUUGUCAUGGACUAAAAUUUGGAGUUAGGACACACAAUGAACUUGUGCUUUUCAAAAUAAACUUGUAGUGCCUUUCUCCAUCACAAAACCCCAACAAAACAAUCUUAGCUGUUUUUUUCUGCACAGUGCAACUCUUCAGUACUUACCCUAAGGGAUCAGAAUAUGCUGUGAAUGACCUUUAAGACUCAAAAUGAAGUUCAGAGAAAAUAGCUGAUACUUGUAUGGCUUUGUUUUGAUAAAAUGUAUAUAUGUUUAAUUAUUUUUUGUAUUGUUUGAACUGUGUAACAUUGUGAAUGUUAAAACCCCUCAAAACCCUGAUCCCACUUUUUGUGACUAACAGACAAAACAGCAGAUUAAAAUCUUUGAAGAUUAAAACUCAUUUGGUACCAGUAAAUUCAGUCAAACAGCUUUGCCCCCAGAAUAUCAGACAGUCUAAGUAGAUGUGAGUCUGGACUGAGUCAAGACUAAAUCCCUCUUUAUCACUCCGAAGCCCUCGUCAUGCUUUGCAAAUACAAAAGAAAAAGGGAAGCAGGAUUACAACAAGGUACAGAGGGAAGAAACUGAAUGAUCCCCCUCUAACUAAGUGCACUGUCUUUCAACCACUUUUAAGUUUGUCUUACAGCAAAUACUCAGUGAUUAUAUUCAAAUCAAAGAGCUCUUCAUUUACCCGUAAAGCUAACUGUGCUAUCCCUCAACUAUAAUUCAAACACUCAAUCCACUUCAUGGCCUGGCUGAAAACAAGCAAAGCAAAUAGUGAAUAUGUCUUAUGUUUCAUUUGAGUAAAAAUAGCCUGCUUGAUGAUGUGCUGUACACAAUUUCUCCUCGGCAAAGGAGACCCGUUAUGCUUGCUUGUACCCAACCAUAACUAUGUAAAAACCAGAUGCACAACUUGAUAACAUUUGAACUCUUUUCUAAAAGACAACAAGGCUUGCAGAGAUCCACUGGAAGAUUACCAAAAAGACUGAGUGCUGAGCUUAAAAUCUGUGAAUAUGGCACAAAGAAGGAGCUACAAAAAUAUUGUGUGUGUGUGCGCGCACGCGUGUGUGUGUGUGUGUGUGUGUGUGUGUGUGUGUGUGUGUGUGUGUGUGUGUGUGUGUGUGUGUGUGUGUGUAGAUCUUUCAACCUCUGUCAUAAUGCAAGUUGUGUCUUGUGCAAAGGCCUGCAGACAUAAAGUCACUGUCAUUUGCUCACUCAAUAUACCCACAUGCCUCGGAGUGCUUAAAGCCCUAACAACUCUGCCUGUGGCUAAACGCACCAAAGACACAUCUGCCAAUAGCUGUAAAGUCAUCCACAGUAUAUUGGUGUAAAAUUUAAAGUUCAGUGCCAACAAAAUGCCUUUAAAACAAGAGAUGCAACUGGAAUAUUUGUCUGUAAAAAAUAGAAAACAUUGAGGAUAACCAAAAGUAUUUUCAGUGUGACUGUUAAAUUUUUCCCUGUUUAUUUUGGGAAACCUUUUGUUAAUUAUUUCUUUUUUUUAUUUUGUGAACUUAUUUGUAUAAAUGGAAAAAGUGAUUUUAACAUUAAAUGAAUAUCCAAAGUUAA